AUGGAGAACGUGGAGGCGGCUUUGGCUUGUCUCCUGAAGAAAGGGAUUGUCCAGGUAGUGGAUAAAUUGAUUGAGAGCUCUGAGUUCACACUUAGGAUUAAGCAAAUGAAGUCUGCAUGUAUGGAAACCAGGGUAGAGGGUGGCAAGCGGGUAAUCAGAGAGCAGUUUGCUGCAGGGAUAUUUACACCUGGUGAGUCGAGCGCCCUUCUAGAAUAUACCCAAGCCAUGCACACUGAUGUGGAAUCUUUCUUGGAGACAAAUUUCGCCUCCUACCUCCACCUUGGCAAGCUCGACAUGGAAGGUCUUCUUCUGAUGUGCUGUGACCUUGAUGUUGAAAGAGAAUGUCCUGAAUGA